GGUCAGAGCAGCUUCGCCCCGCCCAGGUCUGGCGAACCGCCCCGCGGUGUGCUGGGGUCGCGGUUUCCGGCGCUGCGGGCCGCGCGUGCGUACUGCGGUGGGCCGCCAUCACCUCUCCGUGUUCGAGACUGCGGGAGCCCUCGGGGCCUCGCUGCGCAGCAGGUCCUGGUAUUGCUGACCUCUCCUGGGUACCACGUUAUCCUUGCUAUCUCUGCUGAGUUCUUGGCUAGACACAGUUGCAUUUCUGUGGAGGCCUGAGAAGAUGCUGCCUUUGGAGAGGGCACUGGCCUCCCCCAGAAGCUCCCCACCCCACCCAGAACCACCUACUUUGCAGUCAGAGGAUAGAUCCCAACAGGAAGAUCCCAGCCAGCAGGAAGAACCCAAUGAGGGGGAAGUUCUCAUUAAGCAACAAGAACCAAGCCAGCAGGAGGAACCCAGGAGGCAGGAUGAACCCAUCCAGGAAGAAGAACCCAUCCAGCUGCUGGAACCUAGUCAGAGGGAUAAGCCCAACCAGGGAGAGGAAUCCAGUCAGCAGGAUAAUCCUCCCAACCAGAGGGAAGAACCCAGUGAGCAGCAAGAACCCAGUCAGUGGGAUGAGCCUAGUCAGGAAGAAGAACCUGGCCACAAGGAUAUACCCAUGCAGCAGGAAGAACCUAUGCAGCAGGAUGAGCCUCACCAGUGGGAAGAACCCAUGCAGCAAGAUGAACCCAUGCAGCAGGAGGAGCCCAUGCAGCAGGAAGAGUCUACUCAGCAGAACAAACCCAUCCAACAGAAAGAACUCAUCCACCAGGAGCCAGUUCAGCAGGAUAAGCCCACUCAACAGGAAAAACUCAUCCAGCAGGAGGAACUCAUCCAACAGGAAGAACUCAUUCAGCAGGAGGAACUCAUCCAACAGGAAGAACUCAUCCAGCAAGAGCCAAUUCAGCAGGAUAAGCCUACCCAACAGGAAGAACUGAACCAGCAGGAAGAAUCCAUUCAGCAGGAUAAGUCCAUCCAACAGGAAGAAUUCAUCCACCAGGAGGAGCCCAUCCACCAGGAUGCUUCCAUCCAACAGGAACUUAUCCAGCAGGAGGAGCCCUUUCAGCAGGAACUGAUCCAGCAGGAUAAGUCCAUCCAAAAGGAAGAACUCAUCCAGCAGGAGGAGCCCAUCCAACAGGAUGCUUCCGUCCAACAGGAACUCAUCCACCAGGAGGAACCCAUUCAGCAGGAACUCAUCCACCAGGAGGAACCCAUUCAGCAGGAACUAAUCCAGCAGGAUAAGUCCAUCAAAAGUGAAGAAUUCAUUCAUCAAGAGAAGCCCAUCCAGCAGGUAGGGCCCAGCAAACAGGAGGAACCCAACCAGCAGGAGGAAUCCAGCCAACAGGAGGAACUCAGUCAACAGGAAGAACCUAGUCAGCAGGAAGAACCUAGUCAACCGGAAGAACCUAGUCAGCAGGAAGAACCCAGCCAACAGGAAGAGCCUAGCCAAAAGGAUCAACCCAUCCAACAGGAAGAAUCCAGCCAACAGAAGGAAACAGAAACCAUCACUGAGAGAUCUGCUGCUGACCUUGAGUUUUCCCGCUUGCGCUUUCGGGAGUUUGUCUACCAGGAGGCAGCUGGGCCUCACCAGACUCUGGCCAGACUUCAUGAGCUGUGCCGCCAGUGGCUGCGGCCUGAGGCUUGCUCCAAAGAGCAGAUCCUGGAACUGCUGGUUCUGGAGCAGUUCCUGGGCAUCUUGCCAGACAGGGUUCGUCCCUGGGUGGUAGCCCAGUAUCCUGAGAACUGCAAGAAGGCUGCCUCCCUGGUGGAGGGUCUCUCUGACAUCCUGGAGGAGCCAGGAAUGAUGUUGUGUUCCCCGGGUGGGUCAUCAUCUUCAUUCAGCGAGGGAGACUAUGAGAGGUGUCCUGAGCCCUUGCUGCUACCACGUGGGUUGUUGAGUCCCAGCAGAAACCUAAGACCUAGGGACAUCCUUGUACACCGUGAUACUUCUCCCCUUCUUCCAGCCUGGCCUACUCUGGAAUCUGUGCACCUGGAUGAAGAGCAUACAGAGGGAGAAAAGAAUGAAGAGGCCAACCCUGGCACAGCUGAGCCAAAGGAGCCUCUACAGUCAGAAUGGGACCACCUGGACCCCAGAGAGGAUAACCUGACCAGUUACAGCAAGCUUCUCCUGUGGGGGUGUCAGUAUUUCCAGGCUGGUCCAUCCUCCACACUGGAGACAGAGGAACCAGAGGAACCUUGUGCGGUGGAAGAACUGCCAGGAGGCAGCCUCCCAGAUAGCACUGGGCAGCAGGAAAGCAAAGGAAAUGUGUGUGAGGAAGUCUCCAUGGGGAAGACAGUGAUGGAGAGGCUUUUGAGGGAUGUUCCUGUUAGCCCUUCAAUAGAUACUGCCCAGGAGGAGGAACAGCAACCUCAGAAAGCUCUGGAUGCUGAGGAUGAGGAUUCAAGUCCUGCCAGUUCCCAGAGGCAAUCAGUCAUCCAGGACAAGGAUACCCCACAUCAAGGCACUGGGACAAAGAGGCCUCAUCCAGAUGAUGAGGAUGAAGAGGACCCUGCGUGUCCUUCCAGCUCCAGCAGCUACAAAAUGCCAUCUGAUGCAGGGAAGGUUCUUCAUGUGUAUGGCCAUGAUUCUGGGCAGGACCCAGGAACUUCUGUGGGAUGUCCUGCAGCUGAUGAGUUUGAUGCAUCCCAAGGGAAGCCCUACACAUGUAGUGAAUGUGGGGAGGCCUUUGCAUGGAUCUCGAACCUUCUGGAGCAUCACAAGAGCCACAGCAUUGAGACAUGCUAGGUGAGCCAAGACUGCUAGGAACCCGUCUUGUUCAGCUUGGCUGUGGUCAAGCACUGCAAGAGUCACAUACAAAAAAAGAAAAGCCACGCCCAGAGCCCCUGUCUGCCACAAACAAAGCUUGAGAGGAUUGAUAGUUCCUAGUGUGGGGGGUUUUCCCUAUACAACCUGAGGUGUAAGGAUGAGCAACUCUGCUGUGAGUAUCCUGUGACAUGACAGUGAUCUUAAGCAGGAGUGAUCUUAAGGCUCAUGUGUGGUAGUGGCUUCCUGUGGUAUCUAUGGGCAUUUCUGUAUUUACUUUCUGGAUGCUAAUGUGCUGAAAGCAACUGGAAAUGGGCAUGGCCACAAGAAGCCCUCAUCUUGGAAAUAUACCUUAGGCUCUGUCCUAUCCUGUAAGCUGUCAGCUGAGGGAAAACUCCCAUUUCUGCAGUCUUUUAAUACCACACACACUCUGGUCAUUUGACAUUGUACAAAGUGUUGAGUUGCCUUAAAGUAUUUCAUCUGUUGGAGCUUUCUUGAGCUCUCCUUGCCUCAGUUGCUUCUCCUUGAACUCCCUGUGGUUCACACAUAAUUCUUGCCAUCUAUUUGGCCUUUCUAUAAAUAUGUGAUACCAGGUUUACUUCUGAAUCCUCAAGAACAAAAACUGUGAGUUCAAGCCAGAUGUCUCUUAAAAUAUGGAGUCACUUACAAAGACCACACAAACACACACACACACACACACACACACACACACACACACACACACACAAUGCUGAUUUUGGACUCUGGGUUUCAGCCCAUUAGUGAAUUGUGAAAUUCAGUUAGUGGAUGGCCACUGGCAUUACAAAGCAAUGAAAUAGAAUAAAGUAGGUCAGAAUGCAUCAUGUAGUAAAGGCAAAUAUUGUUUUGUGAAACUUCUCAGCUGUGUAUCUGAGACCUGGCUAUCAUGUUAAAUGUAUUUAUUAGGGGUAUGAUCAAAACAGGUUUAAAAAUACAAAGGUUGAAGAAAUGAUCUGUAUCUGCGUUAAGAGAACCAAAUGUGGCCUACAUAGGUGAUCUUGUGGUUUUGCUUUAAUUUCAGAUUACAGCAUUGUUUCUGUUGCCUUACCAUAAAUUUAAUUGCCCUGCAGAUACAGAAAGGUGUCUUUUUCUGUCAGUGUUUGAGGAGGCAAUUUGUAUAAACCCCAAAUCAGAGGCUUACCAUAAUAAAGUAUUUAUUUAUUCAUUUA